UGUAUUGUGAAUUCUGUACUUAAUUAGUGAUCAAAUUUGUAUUAAAUAGGUACUCAAUAAAAUAUUCGUUUUAUUAUAAAUUUCUUCAUGACAACUUGAUUUAAAAUGUCUGAAAAUAUAGAAGAUUACCAAAAUCAAAUUAUUUUAGCAAGAACAGAAAUUAAAAAUUUAAGGCAACGUAUUUCGGCUCUAAAACAUGAGCACAUAAAGGAAAUUAAAGAAAUUAAGGGGUUAUUGAACGAUCUUCGAUGCGUUAAAUGUGCCGAAAAAGCUACACAGUACAAUCCCAGGCAAGAAUCAGAUAAUGUAAUUGCACCUGUCUCAGACAAUAUAACAUACAGUCCUAUUGGAUUCAUUGAAACAACAUUUGAGAAUAAAAGAGCUGUACCGAGACAGCCUUCAAUACUAUCACAGGCGAAAGGUGUGGUUGUUAUCAAUACAAACACAUUUAAUAAUCCGGAACAUGCAUUAAGUGGAUUGGAAGAGUUCUCUCAUAUGUGGAUAAUAUUCCACUUUCACUCAACCGCAAGUAAUAAUGUACCAGCAAAGGUGGCUCCGCCGCGUCUUGCAGGUGAAAGAAGGGGUGUAUUCUCAACAAGAUCACCGCAUAGACCAUGUCCGAUUGGCUUGUCGUUGGUCAAAAUACAUAGUGUGGAAGGUAAUAAAAUUUACUUCAACGGCGUUGAUAUGAUAAACGGUACCCCAGUUCUGGAUAUAAAGCCUUACAUACCUCAGUAUGAUUAUCCAAUGCAAUCUUUCGAGCCAGUACUAGACAGGCCACUAACAGAGGGUAUAAGUGAUACAUUGACUCUGGAUAAUUUGCAAAUAGACGACGCUCAGGAUUCAAUAAGCCUAAGUCCACGAUUGAUAAAUCCAAUUGGAAUUGACACUAGUCCUUUAUCCGACUCGCCAUAUGAUGAUGAAAUUCCUUCACCAAUAAAUCAAGAUAUCACACCCAGUUUAUCACAAGAGUCACCUAUAAAUAUAGAUGCUGUUGAUGGUAGUAGUAGAUCGCCAGUACGGAGAGUUGAUUCAGAGCGUGGAGCUCCAGACGGACAAGAAAGAUUUACCCCUCCACAAAGAAAUGUCAUUAACCUCAAUGAUGGUAUAAGAGUUCCAAAUUGGAUAACAAAUCCACCGUCACAGUCAUAUGACGUGAGAUUCACUGAUGAUGCACUUGAGAGACUAAACAGUCUUAUUGGAGAUAGAGCAGACAUAUUCAAAACAAAUAUUGAGAGACUGCUCUCUGAUGAUCCAAGAUCUUUGUACGUGAGAACACGGUACCCUGAUCAUGAAUACAGUUGUGUAUUAGAAGAUUUAUCCAUAAGUUGUAUUUUUGACGCAAAUUCGUCUAUUUGUACUAUAGUUGCAGUAAGGAAUGCUGAUGAUUUAUAAUGUGUAUGCUGCCUUAAUUUAUUUUGCUAAUUAAAUGCGUCGUUGGUCACAAA